GUUCUGCGUUGUUUUUACGCAGGCGCAAAGCAUGCUGUUUGUCCAGUUUCUCUGGUUGACUUACCUGUGAGGUGGAGCAGUUUCGGUUCUUCGUGAGAGGAUUAAAUAAUACCGGCCACGGGUUUAGGUAAACGCGUCCCGGGAGAUUGUAACCUCAUUCCUCGGUAUGUGAGACUAUAGGGACGCCCGCUGCGGAGCUGCUCGAGAUUUCUCCAGGAUUUCAGAAUCUGUGCAACAGCAGGUGCGCGAGCGGGGACAAACGGCGAGAGGAGACGAAGAGGGGGUGUGUGCUUCCGUGAGUGAGUUCACUAUUGAAACAGAAUAAAUUAUUUGGAAAUUCAACUGGUUGCUUUUUUUUUAUGCCGAAUUAUCGGGUCCUGCUCAAUUAUGCUGCUGGAGAUCCCCACGGCUGCCGAAUUUCAGGGUUCAGCGGCAGCCUGAAGCCUCCGUGCCUGCGGUGAGGGACUCUUCGCCCCGGGGUGGUGGCAGUGGGACAAACGCCACACACAUUGUUUCCGUGUAGUAAGCCUCCCCGUGGACACCGAACACGGUGCUCGCGCUGUGGGUAGAAUUAACAAUUGGAAAGAUGAUGGGUUUCCUACGCCGGACGUUUAGCCAUCGCUCGCGCAGACGGUUUCAGACAGCGGACGAACGGGACGGGAAAGGAAGAGGGGGAACCGCGAACCCCGCGCUCCUCGCGCACCAACAGCAGGUCGUCCACGCGCCCGCCGUGGUGACAGGGGGAGCGGCCGUGCACAUCCCGGCGGCUGGGACCGACAAGGAUGCAAUGACCUGCCGCGUGCUGCUGCUGGAUGGGUCGGACGUUAACGUUGAUAUUCCAAAAAGGUCAAAGGGCCAGGAGCUGUUUGACCAGAUCAGGUAUCAUCUGGACCUGGUGGAGGCUGACUACUUUGGACUGCAGUUCAUGGACCCAGAACAAGUCUCACACUGGCUGGAUGUGUCCAAGCCCAUAAAGAAACAGAUCAGAGAUGGUCCUCCAUACAGGCUGUUUUUCAGGGUGAAGUUCUACUCCUCAGAGCCCAAUAACCUACAUGAGGAGUUCACCAGGUACCUGUUUGUGCUGCAGCUUCGACAAGACAUUCUGUCCGGCAAGUUGAAGUGUCCAUAUGAUGUCUCAGUAGACCUGGGGGCCUACUGCUUACAGAGUGAGCUGGGGGACUGUGACCCUCUAGAGCAUUCUCCUGAGCUGGUGUCAGAGUUUCGCUUCACACCCAAACAGAGUGAGACCAUGGAGGCAGACAUCUUUAACAAGUGGGUGGACCUAAGGGGUAAGGAUCCUUCCCAGGCAGAGACCAGCUUCCUCAACAAGUGUAAAUGGCUGGAGCUGUAUGGAGUGGACAUGCACUUUGUCAAGGGAAGGGACGGAGCAGAGUACGCUCUGGGUCUGACUCCCACUGGCAUCCUGGUGUUUGAGGGCUCCACCAAGAUAGGCCUCUUCUUCUGGCCCAAGAUCACCCGCCUGGAUUUCAAAAAGAGUCGACUCACCCUAGUGGUGACUGAGGACGAUGAUCAGGGGCGGGAGCAGGAGCACACCUUUGUGUUCCAGUUGGACAGUUCGAAGACGUGUAAACACUUGUGGAAAUGUGCUGUGGAGAGCCACGCCUUCUUCCGGCUGCGCCAGCCCACAGCUGGGAAGGCCUCCAGCAGUGACUUCACACGCCUUGGAUCACGUUUCAGGUUCAGUGGAAAGACUGAGUACCAGGCGACCCACGGAGGGAGGCUGAGGAGGGCCAGUACGUUUGAGAGGCGACCCAGCAAAAGAUACCCCUCUCGCACUCACUCACUGGGUGGCAAGGCCCUCUCUCCAGCCAAACCACCACAUAUCAGGUGGGUCCCUGAGAGCACAGGACAACCAAGCAUGUACAGAGCCCUUAGAAACUCCCACACCAGCCCUGAACCUAGUCUACACCCAUACCAGCGUAACAUCCCUAUAGCCCAUGAGCCUUGGCACCCAGCCCUCACACCCCCCAUCUACCUACAACACUCAGGACACACAUCCCCGCACAGAGCGCCUGCUGCAGUAGCAGUGAGUCAAGAGCCCAGUCAUCGGUCAGUACCAGUGAGGUCCAGCGGGUCUUUCCCAGGAUCCAUCAGUGUGGUGUACAGAGACAAGGUCAUGACUGCACUCUGACCCCUCCACCCUAACCUCUACAGCCCUGUCCCAAACCCACAUCUAAAUCUAAACUCUAACACAUACGCACAUGCAUACGAGACAACUGGAAUACAGAAGAUGGAGAGAGACAGAGAAACACUCUGGUUGUGGACUCAUGGACCAAAAUACAUCCUCCUCCUCCUCAUCACCAUCAUUACACACCAGCCUUGUCUACCAUGUGUCUUCUCCAUCAGAUCACCACCAUGCUGUGGAGACAGAAAGAGACUCCUAACAGAAAGAGAGAGACUUUAAACACAGAGAUCUCUCUCUGAGUGGGUUGGACCAUGAUGUUUGAUGUUCAGUACCUUGUUAGUUCAUGUAAUUGUUGUUGAUACUUUAGUGGCUGAAUGCUACAAAGUCCUCAAAUGUAACUGGGUAAGAUUGAAAUUCCGUUUAUGCUUUACAAAACAAUCAUACCGCGACAUUAAUUUUAUGCCCAGUUAGCAGGUAGAUUUGCUUUUAGCCAAAUCCUUUUAGAGCAAGCCAAAUAAUUUGUUUUCAAAAGUUAUUCUAGCUCAGGAUUCACUGUUUUGAAUGUAAGAUGCCAAUCAUUUGAGUGUGUGUGAAGUAGUCUGUGUCAUCAACUGCUUUAACUAGGGAUCACAUGGUUCUACAUUACAUCUGUAGGGGAAUAUAGCUACUUUGGAAAUCUCAGCUAAACGAUGAAGGAAAAUGUUCUUGUUAAAUCCGUAUCAGCAAUAUAUACAUUACAAUAUAUACAUUACAAUAUCAUGUUAUGGAAGUCUUGCGUCUAUCGCUGCAUAUCUGCCUUUAUUCUUCAGAGGCAUGAAUGUUGUGUGUGUGUUGUGGGGUUCUGACUAAGCUGAAUCAACCCCCAUAGAUACAUAGAAAGGCUCUGAUGGCCUUGUUUACCUGUGUUAAUGCUGAUUGUGUUUACAUCCUCUCCAUGCUCAACAUUCCUUCCUGUUGCCUUAAAAUUGUUACUCUUAUCACAACCAGCCUUAGAUUGGUUGCUACAGCCUUGUUGAUUAAACGCACUGCUUAAACUCC